GCUUUUCCAAGGCAUAUAUCCGGUAUGUUGUUUGACAGAAGAGUUUGAGAACAUCGGAGGUCAGGUGAGCCUUGUUUGAUGGACCAGCCCUGUGACGCGGUGGCGUGGUUAGAAUGGGACAGAGCACUUCGGGACAAGAGUCCCCUGAUCCACCAGAGCAGGACGGCAACUUUGGCAACAUCAACAUCAAGAGCUUUGUGGAGGACCAACUACAGACCAGCAUGAUGUUAGGCAUUGUGAUUGGCGCUGGCAUCGCCAUCAUUCUCAUUGCCAUCCUGAUCUUCUUCGUGAUGCGCAGGAUAAAGCUUCGAAACUUAGAAUCCCAGGAAGCCCCCAAAUACCGUUUCCGGAAAAGGGACAAAGUCAUGUUCUAUGGACGCAAGAUCAUGCGGAAAGUGUCCCAGUCUACCUCAUCUCUGGUGGGGACAGCAUCGUCCUCACGCCCCCGCCUCAAAAAGAAACAGAAGAUGCUCAACAUUGCCAAAAAGAUCCUGCGUUUUAAAAAGGAAGUGCCCAUUCUUCAGAUGAAGGAGCCUCCUCCAUCAGUGCUGGAGGCCGACCUCACAGAGUUUGACGUGGCCAACUCGCACCUCCCCUCAGAGGUGCUCUACAUGCUCAAAAAUGUCCGGGUGCUGGGCCACUUCGAGAAGCCGUUGUUUCUGGAGCUGUGCAAGCACAUGGUGUUCCUGCAGUUCCAGCAGGGCGAGUACGUCUUCAGGCCCGGACAGCCGGACAGCAGCAUCUACGUGGUGCAGGACGGCAAGCUGGAACUCUGCCUUACCGGACAGGAUGGGAAGGACGGUGUGGUGAAAGAGGUGUACCCUGGAGACAGUGUGCACAGCCUGCUCAGCAUUCUGGACGUCAUCACCGGCCAUCAGAAGCCGUACCGUACGGUGUCGGCGCGGGCGGCUGAAGUAUCCACUGUGUUGCGGCUGCCUGUUGAAGCCUUCCUCUCCAUCUUUGAGAAGUACCCCGAGAGCCUGGUGCGCGUCGUGCAGAUCAUCAUGGUUCGCCUCCAGAGAGUGACGGUGAUGGCUCUGCACAACUACUUGGGUCUAACUAAUGAACUCUUUAGCCAUGAAAUGCAGCCCUUGCGUCUGCUGCCUCUCUCCCCGCACCCCACGCGCACCAGCCCCGUGCGGCACGGCAAACGCUUCGGCAGCCUCACCGUCACCGAGGAGCACCGCGAGGCCGCCGUCAGGGAGGCCACAGGAGGUGAGCAGGGGAAAGAGGGAUCUACAGUGCCAACACUCAGUCGUGCAAUUUCCAUGCCUGUAGAUAUCGCUGGCAUUCAGAAGGGCCUGCGUUCAGACUUUGACAUGGCCUACGAGCGUGGUCGCAUCUCUGUGUCUGCAGAGGAUGGCAACACUCCACCAACCUUCACACGAUCUGUGUCCCAGGACCAGAAGGAGAGGAAGUCGGUGACCGUGGACGAGGUGCCAUCCGGAGUCUACCUCUACCCCGAGGAGGAGGGCAGUCUGGAGAGCGUCUACGGGCCGCUGCCGGGCCGACCCAACGCCGCCCUGUUUGAGGAGGCGCAGAAGGAGAUCCUCAAACUCAUGAAGAUCGAGGACCCUGCGUUGUUAAAUGGCCGAGUGACUCUGCAUCAUGCCAAAGCGGGGGCAGUGCUGGCCAGACAGGGAGAUCAGGACGGGAGUCUGCACUUUGUUCUGUCAGGCUGCCUGCACGCGUACCAGCGGAUGAUUGACAAGCAGGAGGCGGUGUGUCUGUUUGUGACGCAGCCCGGCGAGAUGGUCGGCCAGCUGGCCGUACUGACUGGCGAGCCGCUCAUCUUCACCAUCAAGGCCGUGCGCGACUGCACCUUCCUCAAGAUCUCCAAGUCCGACUUCUACGAGAUCAUGAGGGAGCAGCCCAGCGUGGUGCUCAGCGCCGCCCACACAGUGGCCAUCCGCAUGUCGGCCUUUGUGCGCCAGAUGGACUUCGCCAUCGACUGGAUGGCCGUGGAGGCCGGACGUGCUCUAUACAGGCAAGACGAUCAGUCGGACUGCACCUACAUCGUCCUGAACGGCCGCCUGCGUUCCGUCAUCCGCAAGGCCAACGGCAAGAAGGAGCUGGUCGGGGAGUACGGUCGCGGUGACCUCAUCGGUGUGGUGGAGGCUCUGACCAGGCAGCCGCGCGCCACCACGGUCCACGCUGUGCGUGACACAGAGCUGGUCAAGCUGCCCGAGGGGACGCUCAACAACAUCAAGAGACGCUACCCACAGGUAGUGACACGGCUGAUUCACCUGCUAGGCCAGAAGAUUCUGGGGAACCUUCAGCAGGCCCGUGGGCCUUUCUCAAGUUCUACGUUGGGCUUGCCUUCUCUGGGCUCCAGUCCUGACGUCACCAACCCUGCCAGUAACCUCUCCACUGUGGCCGUGCUGCCCGUGUGCGACGACGUGCCAGUCAAUGCCUUCAACAUGGAACUAAGCCACGCCCUCAGUGCCAUCGGACCCACCCUGCUCCUGACGAGUGAGAUCAUCAGAGAGAGACUGGGGGCGUCAGCCCUCGACAGUAUCCAUGAGUACCGGUUGUCCGGCUGGCUGGCUCAGCAGGAGGACAUCAACCGGAUCGUACUCUACCAGACAGACAGCACCAUGACGCCCUGGACUCAGCGCUGCAUUCGCCAGGCCGACUGCAUCCUCAUCGUGGGCCUGGGCGACCAGGAGCCGGCCCUCGGACAGCUGGAGCAGAUGCUGGAGAACACGGCGGUCCGGGCCCUGAAACAGCUCGUUCUGCUGCACCGCGAGGACGGGCCCGGACCCUCAAGGACCGUGGAGUGGCUCAACAUGCGCAGCUGGUGCUCGGGUCACCUGCACCUCCGGUGCCCCCGCAGGGUCUUCUCCCGACGGAGCCCCUCCAGACUGAGAGAGGUGUAUGAGAAGGUGUUUGAGAAGACAGCGGACCGCCACAGUGACUUCUCUCGUCUGGCGCGAGUCCUGACGGGGAACAGCAUUGCCCUGGUGCUGGGAGGAGGAGGAGCCAGAGGGUGCUCACACGUGGGCGUGAUCAAGGCUAUGGAGGAGGCGGGGAUCCCUAUCGACAUCGUGGGUGGCACUUCCAUCGGCUCGUUCAUCGGUGCCUUGUACGCCGAGGAGCGCAGUGCCGUGCGCGUCAAACAACGAGCGCGGGAAUGGUCCAAGGCGAUGAACUCUGUGUUCAAAACCGUACUGGAUCUGACCUACCCCAUCACCUCCAUGUUCUCGGGCUCCGCCUUCAACACCAGCAUCUCCAAGGUGUUUGAGGACAAGCAGAUUGAGGACCUGUGGCUGCCCUACUUCAACGUGACCACGGACAUCACCGCCUCGGCCAUGCGGGUCCACCAGGACGGCUCUCUGUGGCGCUAUGUGCGGGCGAGCAUGACCCUCUCGGGGUACCUGCCGCCCCUCUGCGACCCUAAAGACGGCAACUUGCUCAUGGACGGUGGCUACAUCAACAACCUCCCAGCCGACAUCGCCAGGACGCUUGGUGCCAAGACCGUCAUUGCCAUCGACGUGGGCAGCCAAGACGAGACGGACCUCUGCAACUAUGGUGAUAGCCUCUCGGGCUUCUGGUUGCUGUGGAAACGAAUCAAUCCCUGGGCAGAAAAAGUCAAGGUUCCCGACAUGGCGGAGAUCCAGUCGAGGCUGGCGUACGUCUCGUGCGUGCGGCAGCUCGAGCUGGUGAAGAAGAGUGCGUACUGUGAGUACAUCCGGCCGCCCAUUGACCGCUUCAAGACCAUGGACUUUGGCAAGUUUGACGAGAUCUAUGACGUGGGGUUUCAGCAUGGUAAGCUGCUCUUCACGGGCUGGGCUCGUGGUGACCUCAUCGAGAACAUGCUGAAAGACCACCGGUCGGCCGACUACAACGACAGCAAAAAGACCGACACCUGUACAUGCACAGGAGCCGACUUCACAGACCUGGCUGAGAUUGUGUCCCGGAUUGAACCAGUCCAGGGCUUUGUAGCUGCUGAUGCGGAGGAGUCUGACUGCCUGACGGAGUACGAGGAGGACGGAAUGGACACUGUGCGGGAGGAGGAGGGCGAGGAAGAGGAGGACGAUGGCGACGACCCGGAUGACCACUCUCCUGGCGAGUGGGGGGGCCCCAAUGGAGUGUUCCAGGCGGAUGUGUCCCAGGACGAGGAGAAGUCUGUCCGUCAGCGUAGGAAAACGCCUGGCGAUUCCAACACCUGCUCCGAGUUCUCGGACUGUUGACGUCUUCUGACCUUCCUUAGGUACUGAAAAGAUCAGGGGUCAAGGGUCAAAGCUUGCCUGUGGGGGUGGGGCUUGGGCUCAACCCUCCCUCCCUUUUCCUCCCGAACUUGGAAGAGCAGCUUCGCUUGGAGACACAGGAGCAGUGGAGAACCAAAGAUAUUAGCCCAGGGGGUGAACCAAGAGCGGACUCAUUGAAUUGAGGGGUAUCUUGAAAGGCUGUGUGUGUGUGUGUGUGUGUGUGUGUGUGUGUAACGAUAGAUGUCUGAUGAUACUGUGGUCCAAUAAAUAAACACUAAUUUAAUUAACCUUCCUCCUCCAACACCCCUUUCCUAAUGUUUCCUCUAAAACUUCCCAGGAUCAGUUGGGGAGUGAACUUGUGUAGGUGGGGGGACCUGUGUGUGUGUGUGUGUGUGUGUGUGUGUGUGUGAGGGAGAGCGAAAGACUAAGAAAGUAGUGUCAUCUGCAUGUCUUAAUUUAUUUGCCACACUGUGACCUGAAUAAUAUAAGAUACAGUCUAAAAUAUAAUGCAAACAUAAUUUAAUUAUAUGUUUUAACUGGUCAGUGUAAAAGGGACUGAAUGUAUUUGAUGUUGUGGUCACAUGGCAUACAACUGGCGUUGAUGUAUGUAGUAGUACUAGAGUGACACCUUGCCAAAGGGAAGAUGUGGGACGAAGAAGAACGCAAUGUAGGGAGAGAUUCAGAUUGUCCAUGUGCAGAUCAGUAGAAUUGGUAGAUGGAUGGUGGCUAUGUUCCAAUUUGCAUACUUCUGUACUAACAAUACCUGAUAUGAGUGCACAAGUGGAUCACAGCCCAUGAGGAAAUGUAGCAUUGAAAGUAGGGAACAACUUUUAUAGACCCUUUCAACAAUAAAAACAAAAACAAUGCUUGAACGUUCUAUUUGGGCCCCAAUCUACUUCCUGCAUUAAGAUAACAUAUGGAAUGUUAAAAAGGAAGUCUUGUGGGGCCAACUAUGAUGCUGAUAAUGGAACUCUCUUGGCUGCACAGACGUAGGGCUUGAGAAAUACUGUUUGAUGGGAUAUGUUUAGUAGUGUGGAGUACAAUGGAAAUGUAGGGGGGAUGCAAGAAGAUGGAAUAGGAGGUAAACAUGUAAAAGAGAGGGUAAAGAACAAGGGAACAUGUUUAGGAGGUAGGGGAGAAGGUAGGGAGCAAGGUAACAUGUUUAGAAGGUAGGGAGCAAGGUAACAUGUUUAGGAGGUAGGAAGCAAGGUAACAUGUUUAGGAGGUAGGGGAGAAGGUAGGGAACAAGGUAACAUGUUUAGGAGGUAGGGGGAGAAAAAAGGGGAUGUAGGGAGACUGCUACUGAAGAAGGGGAUGUAGGGAGACUGCUACUGAUGUAGAAUGUGAAGACUGGACAGGAACAAGGUGUGUGUGUGUGUGUGUGUGUGAGAUGGAGGGAGAGAAAUGGGUUGACGUGCAUGUGUGCACACACUCUUACCUUUUGGUUGUCAUGUGUGUUGGACAUCUGGAAAGAUGUGAAGUUGCCGAACUGUGGACCCUUUAGAAAAAGACAUUUCCAGUGCUUUUAUUUUUUGUGUUUUAUCAUGUCUUUGUUUGCAUCAGAUGCUUGCAGGAUUGUGUGUGUGUACGUGUACGCACAUGUGCAUGCAUGUCAUGUACAUCCUGAUCUGCCAACGUUGUGUUUUUUGUGUCAUAGUUUUGUAAUCAGCCUUGAAGGCAACCCUGCUUUUAAUCCCUCCUCGGAGGGAGAACGCCUUUUUAUUGGAAUUGCACAUGUUCACGGUGGACUGGACCGUGACCGGACUUGAACUCUGUGGUCCCAGAUUCCGUAUAUUUCUAUAGGACUUUAUUGGUUAAUCCACUUCAGAUCAACUUAACAACUAAUUUAUGUUGCGAGGACAGAGUAGGUCUUCUUGAUGGUGGUGUUGAGUAGACAUUGUGUGAAUAUAUGUAAAUCACUAUUUACAAAGUCUAUUAUGUGAACUGUGAUGCUUAACACGGAUCAUGGUCUGAUCUGGAGAAUAAAAGCAAAAAACAAAAAAGAAAAGCCACUUUGGAAUGUUAAUACUGUAUGCGAUGGGAGUGGGAUGCCAAUUAGUUUUGUUUUUAUUUAUUUGUUUUUACCACUGGCUUUUGUAUUAUUCCUUUUUUAACACUGGAAAAUAAUCUACAUAUGGCAAGUGUUGUGUGGACAUGAAUAUAGGGGGGUUGUACAGAUUUAGCAUUAUUGUUUUUAGUUAGAACUUUUUGUUUGUUUUUAAUUUUAUUUUGAUUGUUAAUUUUUUUUUUUGUUUUGUUUUUUCAGUCAGAGCUGCCAUUUCAUGUUGAACUGAAUUUAAAGUAUUUAGAUGAAAAAUGAAAUGAAUUAAAAUUAAAUUAAAUAAAUAAAAUAAACCCAAAGACUUUAAGAAAUUGAUGUUAUUCAAGAAGGCCACAAAUGUGUAGCAGGUGAUGGGGGUUCUAAUGCAGAUAACAUACAGAAAACAUUAAAAUGCUUGAGAUAUCAAUCGUGUGAAUUGAUGUUGUAAAUGUUGAAUUUUACAACUUCACAGAAACCUACCUCUGGUAGUUUUUUUUUUAUUAUUAUUUUUGUAUCCCUUCCAUGUGUGACCACUGUAUUUUUCAUCCAUUUUAUUUGACUUACUGCAACAAUCAAAUGAAAUUGCAGUGAACAGUUUCAUUUUGAGAUUUAAUCUGUUUAUCGAGGAUAACAAAGAUAAAAACAUAAUUUUU